GCCGCCGGCGGAGCCAGCGCGGAUCGGCCCAGCAUGGAGGGGACGCGGCGCGCCCUGCUACGCCUCGCAGCUGCCUGCUACCUGCUCUGCGUUCUGCCAGGAGAAGGACAGAAGACAGCAGAGACCUUGGUGACACCUUCACCUUUUCUUAGCACAGUGCUAACCUCACAUCAGCCAAGGCAAGACUCUGACUUCAGUCCAGUGACUACUACCAGUUCCGAGACAAGCCUGGAGAAAAACCUGACUGCUGAAACACUCAAUGGCACUGGAGCCCACACUACAGAUAUGGAGAACACCUCCAUCCCUAUCACCCCCAUGGUAGGCACCAAGGCAGAGACACUGCCGGCUUCCACCACUGCCAGUGCUGGAGACGUCACACUUCCACAGCAUGAGCACCACAAUAUAAGCUUGACAGGCAACAGCGGCACUGAAAUCUCCUCCCCUAGCCCCACCAGCACUCUGGAAGAAAAGCAGCCAAACCCCGAAGUCACAGAGCCUUUCAGCACAACUGAAGGAAUGGAUGAUGCCAGCAGUGCAACCCCCACGCUUCCUCUGAACAGUGUGUUGGUGACAACUAACCACUCUCAGACGGGGCCUUCUGAUGGGCAGACUGUGGGCCCCACAGCAAUGAGGUCUGAAACCAGGCCAGGAACAACUCCUGUGGGUUCCAAAGAGGAGAGCACCAUGGAGCCCAGAGCCUACUCUGCUUCCAUCUCCACCAUAGGGAGUAUGUCCUCUGGUACUAGCUCCAGUACCAUGAUGGUGACACCCCUUGUGACCAGCUCCACAUCUACUAGUGCAGCUGCUAUCACCACCAGCACAUCUACACUGGAGCAGCCAUUAGAGCCUAUGCAUGAGAAAGCUUCUGUGUUGGAUGUUGGUGAUGAUGAAAAUCCAGAGCUACCCAGUUCUCCACUGGCUGAUUCAACAAAGGCUGACCCUUUGGUAAUCACUGUGAUCUCCAUCUUCAUUGUCAUGGUGGGCAUCCUGGGCUUGGUGGGUUUCUUGAGAUACCGCCAGCACAACAGUCGCAUGGAGUUCCGGCGCCUGCAGGACCUGCCCAUGGUCCCUCUCCUUCCAUCCAGGGUUUGAAUCAAGACAGCAAGUCUCAAGGAUGACAUGAUGGAGGACACCCCUCUCUCACUCUACAGCUACUAGGCAACCAGGCUGUCUUCUGCCUGGCCGGCUGAACUUCCCAGAGGAGAAGGCCUUGAGGACUUGGUCCCAGACGAUCUGCUGAGAAAUAAGGGGCUGUGAUUUGCACACAACUGAAAGAUCCCUUUCAGAUGGCUUUUGGGUUUUGACAUUUUAAAUAGUUCAGUGUUGAUGUUUUAAUGCUGAGAAUCAGAGCCCAAGUCUGGCCCUUUCCUCCAGGCUCUCCUUGAAAUAAUGCCCUGAAGAGGUGCCUCCUCCUUUCAGUGUGGUGACCAAUUAGCCAAGACAGCAUUUGCCACCACAUUCUGCAUGGAUCUUUUCUGUCCAUCUUGGCAGCUGCUGCUUUCAAAGGAGGUGGGCAAGAGAUCCAUCAUACAUGAGCUCUUAACACUGUUGGUUUCAGCACAGUGCUAGCAAAGGAGACUGCCAUUUUCUGAGGGAGCCAAGGAUAUGAAAAUCAGUUUUAGGCUCCCUUGUGUUCUGUAUUUUUAAGUUUGUUUGGUUGUUUGUUGUUUGUUUUUGGGUUUUUUUGCACUUUUUUUGUUCCUGUUUCAGCUUUAGUCCUAGGAUUGGCACUGCCCAUCCUGAAACACCUAUGAGGAGGAUGACAGACUGCUCUGCUUCCCUCCUACAUGCAUACCUUUUAUCUUUAACCAGGGAAAACAGUUUUGUGGCCACUGGAGAAGUGCCCUUGCUACUUGAUGUUGCUUUGAAGAUUCUGGGAGGAAAAUGAACAUAAUUUUAGCUUAACAAGGCUUGAUGGGACUCUGUCUAUUGCUAAUUAGACACACUAAUUUGGCCUCACCAGAAUUGUGUCUCCCGUAGUUUAUGCUUUCAGCAUAUGUGUAAACUCCUUGCCCAGGCCCAGUAAAUGCUUUGGUCUGUUUCCCUGCCUGGGCUGACAUAUGCCUUUCCUCAGGUACCUCCCAUUUUGCUGCUAGCAUCUGGUUGCUGAAAGCUGUACAAAACUAAUACUGCAUCCCUUCUGUGCUAUGCAAGGUCAAAGCUCUUUUACGUUCUAAUGUUGGUCUUUGAGCCAGUUGAUGUCUUGUGCGGAGGACAGAUCUCGGAUGUAGGUGCCUUCCUCCCCUCCUCUUUCUAAGCGUUAGACUCAUUAGAUUCUGCACUUUUGCCUCAAAAUAUCACUGCUGUACACUGUAUCCAAGGUUCUUGAGGCUCCUCAAGGAAACCCACAGACCAGAGCCUCUAAGUGAAAGUCUGAGGAUCUUUUGGUGCCCUUGCCUCAGAAGGACCAGAGUGCGCGUGACAUAAAAGUCUUUGUGUCAUGAACACCUCCUGUUUUCUAAUUCAUGUUUGACCUUAGGUAAAGAAAAACAUAUGUCCUUUCUAAAGUAUCUGUUUUUUAACUAAGGCAGUUGGUCUCAGCAAGGGCUAGAAAUUAUCUACCAUGUUGCUCUUACAAGUCUCAGUCUCUCCUUUCAGUAGUAAUGCUCUCUGGCCCCAUGAAGGACAGAUGCCAGGCCUCACUAGCAAAAGUACCUGUUUUUUCCAGUGCUGCUACUGCUUUUCUUAGCAGGGAAAGGGGAGUUUCCCCAUCAGCAGGGCUCAAGUUGUCUGCAAAGCCUGAAGAUGGAGCAGAACCAGCCUGGAUUAAACAGAUGAACUGGGUAAGGCAGCAGAUCCUCUUUCCUGUGUUACUGCUUUUGCAAUGGCUGUCAAAUGGCUGCAGUGCAGUUUGGGUUCAGCUGUUGGCUUUGGCCUUGCAUCUGUUAAUUGUAAGGAUGCCCAGUAAAAUAGGUUCUCCUACUGUUGCAUGAAAACUGAAGGGCAAUUGUCACAGCUCCAAACCUUUUGUAUCAAGCAUUGUCUGUACAGAGCGAUCUCCCUAGCUACAGACUUGUUUCCUCUGCUGGAGGGCAGGGUGCUACUGGGUUUUGGCAUGAAGAGAGGCAAGUUAGUGGUGGAAAACAGAACUCCAUCCUGGCUAGAACUGGUGCAGGCUGACAUAGCUGGAAGGUGUCUCUGCACACAACCAAAAGGGCAGGGGCUGGUUCUUCUGGUUUCCCACACAUUGCUGUCCAGGGGGAAGGGGUGAAGAAGAAAACUUGCCCAACACCAAAGUGCAACUUUCCUUGUAAAAUAUGUUAAUAGUGGAUUUGGUUUUUUUUCUGCAAUAAAGUUACAAAUGCCCAA